AAGCUAUGAGCGUGGCACGCAGUGUUUUUAAUGAUUAGUGGGUCUCGCUUGAACAAAAUGGGUUUCCACUUUGAAAAUUCGAUUUCCACUUUGUUUUUAGCAGGUAAAACACGAAAAAUGCAGGGGUAAACUGUGGAAACCCACUUUGCUUAAAAUUCCUAUUAAAAACACUGGUCGCACGAGUUCAAAGUGCUACGAUGCAGAGUAAUUAAGAUAUCGAAAAAUAAUAAAUCGGUUAGAAAUAUACCUCUUUUUAUUGGAAAUAAGCAAACGGAAAUGAAAUAGUACAUUUUGUUCUUGAAUUUAACGCUCUAUAGAAAAAGGACUAACGCAUAUUGUUUGAAAACCCAAGGUAAAACAUGGAUUGUUUUAUAGUUUCCCAUCAGUUCGACAUAACUGUAGUUUUGUUGAGAAAUAUGUCGCGCUGGAUGAAGAAGUUUCUGGCCUCGCCUUCUAGCAGCUUUGAAACACACAGUACAGUUUUCUUCUAAAAGAAGCCAACACUACCAUUCCAGAUAAAUUAUUAGUUUCCUUUUUACCUUUUUCUUUUUUAAAAAUGUAUUUUAGGUACGAAAACUGAUGUUACUGUUAACCAGCAACAACUAUUUACCGGUGGCAACCUUUUACGUAGUGAACAUCAACGAAAAUUAAAUGUAUUUUAUGAUAAACCAAAUCAAAAAUGGGAAUUAAUUUAUAAAGGAACAAGAGAUGGUUUCUCGGCAGAAAACUUUCAUCGAUUUUGUGAUGAUAAAGGACCAACAAUGACUGUUCUACAAGCGAAAAUUGGUGACUAUUUAUUUGGUGGAUUUACAAGUCGAUCGUGGAGUAUUGAGUCAGGUUAUAAGAACGAUACAAAAGCAUUUUUAUUUACAUUAACAAAUCCAGAUGACAAAGAACCAACAAAAUUUUCACCUAAAAAGGAUCAGACUGGCUAUGCUGUUUACCAUAGCUCUAGUUACGGUCCACUUUUUGGAUACGGAUAUGAUAUCGGUAUUUAUUCAAUGGCAAAUAAAACUGAUUCAGGAUCAUAUACUAGUUUUCCAAGCACAUAUGAAGAUACAACAGGCAUAGGCAAAUUAUUGUUCACAGGAUCAUCUAAUUUGCAGCUUAAAGACAUCGAAGUUUAUAAAAUAUAUUGUGAUGAUUCCAGUGUUACAGGUAGGAAGUUUUCAUUGAAAUAA